CCUGCAAGAAAACGCCAUGCCAGGGGCAUCCGAUCAAGAACUGGGUGUCGUACAUGCAGAAUUCGACGGAUCAAAUGCGAUGAGUCGCCCGAGAAGUGUCGCAACUGUACAUCCACCGGGAGACUUUGCGAUGGUUAUGAAUUGUACCGCCUGCCCAUGUCAGCCAGGCCCAAGAAGAACCGCUUUCUCUUGACUUCUCCGCCUGUCAGCGCCCAUAUUCGCUGGGCCGCCACUUCAGAUGAGCGUCGCUGUUUGUCGUUUUUCUGCAAUCGCACGAUUCCAGAUGCUACGGGCUACUAUGACACCCAUCUAUGGGAGCAGUUCGUCUUUCAGAUGGCGAAUCUGGAGCCUGCAGUCUGCCACGCGGUAAUCGCCCUUGGGGCCGCUCAUCAGGACGUUGUUUUCCAAGGAAUAAAUCUUGCACCUACCGGAGCAAGGCAAAGGGGCGUUUGGUAUUUCUAUGCGCUAGAAGAAUCCGCCCGCGCCUUCGAACUGCUCCGUCGCCGCAACACUCAGGAUCCGCAGAUGCGGCAAGUGAUGCUUCUCUGCUGUCUCCUCUUCGUCUAUCUGAAUCUGGUUCAACGGGACUAUGAAACUGCAUUCCAACAUCUUCAUGCUGGCUUGCGAGUUUUCAGCGAGCUGGAAAUUAGCGGUUGCCGUUCCCUCCCGUGCACCUCUCCCGGCCGUGCUGCAAUCGAUCCACACCUCAUCACAGCUUUCGCGCAGCUUGAAACUCAGACCACGCAUCUCAGUGCUCAUAACCGCCCACAGCUUUGGGCCAACCACCCAGGACCGGGGCAUCUCAGCCGCCGUGAUCACAGCAACUUGCCCAGCGAAAGUGUCGACGACCGACGCUUGGCCCUGCAGCCCCUCGAGAAUGCCAUCUAUCGGUUCUUCAAGCGGUGUUGGAAUGCGUCGGCGGAUGAGGUUUUCGCUCAUUAUCAGGUCCUGCAUGCCACAAAGACUCAUCUGCUAUCCGAAGUUCAACACGCCAAGCAAUCCUUCUCUGACUUCUGCGACCUGAGAUAUGCAGCCCUCUCUCCGAAAGAACAACGCGGCACUGACCUGAUUCGACUGCAUCUGAUGGCCUUUUCCGUUGGUCUUCGAACCUCGCUGAUCCUACACCAGCCAGAUCAGAUCACAGCGUUCACAGCCGAAUAUGCAGCCAUGCUGUCGCUGGCCCGAAAGAUUAUUGCGCAGUUUCCCGACAAGCCCACGGUGAUGGUUGACUCCGGUGUGAUCUUGCCGCUAUACAUCAUCGCUGACUGCUGUCAAGACCUGAGCCUGCGCUGGCAAGCUAUACAGGAACUCCGGGCCUGGCCGCACUAUGAAGGCCCCUACGACUCGAUGGUCACGAGCACCCUUCUUACCGAG